AUGGAGCAUGAAAAUGGAUGUUGUUUGUCUGUUUUUCUCCCCAGAUCCAAGUACUUUAGAACAUGCUCGAGGGGUGAGCACUUGACUAUAGAGUUUGAGAAUCUAGUAGAAAGUGAUGAAGGGGAGAGCCCAGGAAGCAGUCAUAGGCCUCUUACUGAGGAAGAAAUUGUUGACCUACGAGAGAGGCAUUAUGAUUCCAUUGCUGAAAAACAGAAAGAUCUUGAUAAGAAAAUCCAGAAAGAGUUAGCCUUACAAGAAGAGAAGUUAAGACUAGAAGAAGAAGCUUUAUACGCUGCACAGCGUGAAGCAGCCAGGGCAGCAAAGCAGCGAAAGCUCGCAGAGCAAGAAAGACAGAGAGUUGUGCAGCACUAUCACCCCUCCAGCAGCGGUGACCAUCAAAGUUCAGGACCAGAAGAUGACUUUGAAUCUUGUAUGAGAAAUAUAAAGUCACAAUAUGAAGUUUUUCGAAGUAGUAGACUCUCCUCAGAUGCCACAGUGUUGACACCAAAUACAGAAAGCAGCUGUGACUUAAUGACCAAAACAAAAUCCACCAGUGGAAAUGAUGACAACACGUCCUUAGACCUGGAGUGGGAAGAUGAAGAAGGGAUGAAUAGGAUGCUUCCAAUGAGAGAGCGUUCCAAGACAGAGGAGGAUAUCCUCCGCGCAGCACUUAAGUACAGCGGGAGGAAGACUGGAAGUAACCCCACCUCAGCCUCUGAUGACUCCAACGGGCUGGAGUGGGAGAAUGAUUUCGUUAGUGCUGAAAUAGAUGACAAUGGCAAUUCCGAGUAUUCUGGAUUUGUAAAUCCUGUAUUAGAACUGUCUGAUUCUGGCAUAAAACAGUCUGAUACAGAUCAGCAGAUUCGAUAGAGUAAAAUUGUUUGACCCUGUUCAUCAGUUUUGACCAAAUGUUAAAAACCAACAAGAAUGUACCUGUGGUUUGUUGAGCCUUUCUGUAAGGGGCCGUGAGAAGCUGUGCUGUAAAUGUUUAUUUGAUUAGGAAGGUGUAAGAGUGGUCGGACCGAUCUGAAUUGCUUCAGAAUUAAGUGCAAUUUUAUCAUCUGCCUUCUGCAUUUUAAGACCAAUUUAAUGCUUCUGUCAUGUUAUCAAUUAUUAACUCUUAUAGCAUUCCUAUUUACUCUUGUAGGUUUUCACAUUUUAAAAAAUCUUUAUUAAUUUUACUUUAAAUACUUUUCACACCUGUUUCUUUAUCUCUGGUGAAAAUAUUACAGUAUUUUUCAUGAAUUCUCAGCAGAUGUGAAGGGGGCACGAGGAGGGGUUAUCAGGCUCAGCUUUAGAAUAGUUCACUUUUCUAGAAGUAUUUAUUCUAGGACAGCUUAGAAUUCCGUUAUCCAAUAGGAAGCACAAUUGAGUUGAGUCGAUGGCCUAAGAAAUGCUGAAGGGUCGGUUUCUUUCUACCUUUAUUACAUGUCCUAGUACGAUGAUGUUGAUUCAGUCUGAACAAAAUAUAAAGGCAAGCUUUCAGAGUUUGGACAUUUUGAGUUGAUAAUAAUAAUUUAAAAUAGUAUUUAAGAAAAUAUAUUAGGAUCUAUACUUCUUUUACAUGCAACAGUAUUGCUUUUAAUUUGAUAUGUUAAGUUUUUAGGUGUUACUAUUUUUUUACUUCUGUAUUUCCAAUGAGCGAUCUUAGAAAGAUUUUACACAGAACAUUAUUCUCUGAGUGAUUUGUGAAUUGAAAACAUAAAAGGGUAAUACGGGUAUUUAAAGUAAAUAAAAUUCUUUCUAGUGUGAAAGGUCCUACUGAUUUAUUACACUUUCCUUGGCCUUGUAGUACAAGGUGCUUUGAUGCAAUGGAAGUGAGCGUAUCACUGUGUAUAACUGCAUUUUGUGAUGGACAAUUCAACUCUCUUUGCCCUACAGUUUAUGCACCAAUAUAAAAGCUGGGUAUGUAAAACACCCCCUAACUGCUUUCCUUGAUUUUGCUGAGGAUUGAGUAUGAUUUCAGUAAGCAAACUUUUUUUCUGUUUUUUCCUUAGUAUGUUUUUCUGUUCUUUCUUUUGUAACAGUGACAGUGCAUGUUCUCAAAAAUACAGGAAGGUCCAGAAAUAAAUAGUAAUUUAAAGUUCCUGCUGUAUUAAAAAAAAAUCACAUGGCCCUUUCAAUAUUUGACCUGCUAGGUAAUGACAACUGUAGUUUUAUUUUGUCCUUUUUUUAAUCUCAUAGAAAUAAAUAUGACACUUUAAUAUGUAAAUAUAAUAAUUAGCUAAUGCUGUUAUUUGUAUGUCUUAAGUUAUAGCUGUGUCACUGGAAAUAUUUAAAGGUACUUCACGUUGCCUGGGUUAACGCUUUCUAAGGUUUAUAUACAUCAGAUGUAUAUUUUUGGUUGGCAUAAGCUACUAUUGUAAUUUUUUUGUUCAUAAAGAAUUUUCUGAUGGAAUGGUAACUUCUCAAGGAUUGUGAAUAAAUACAUUUUUACAUUUAAAAA